UUGAUGUUUGAACAUCGUGUUUCAUUUACAUUUUAAACAUUAAUAUAAUACAUAUUUAUUUUAUAUUCUUAUAAAUUACUAUUGUUUUUCAAAUUAAUAAAAUAAGCCGUGAAAUAAUGUUAUAAAGUGCAAAUCGAAUUUUCCAAAAACAACACUCAAUAUACAAAAUGCCGAAAAAUAAGGCAAUUGGAGAGACCCGCGCAACAGACGAACAACUACAGCCGGAAUGGUCGUCCAUGAAAUUCGCAACAAAAUGCAAAUACGUUUUGCGGCACAUCACCGUGGAACCACUGGUGAUGAUAUAUAUCUUGGCCAAUGUAGCGGCGCAGCUCAUCAAUCAAAAUCUUAACAUGGAAAAAGCUUGUAGCGUUAACUUGCAUUAUAGCAACGAAACGUGCUCUGCUCUCAAAACCAAUAGUAACACCACCAAGUAUGCCGCUGAAGAAGUGGUCGUCCAGCAACUGGUGGCUAACAUGCUGAUAUGGCAGACAGUCGUUCAAAAUGGGAUACCUAUGUUGUUCGUCAUAUUUCUCGGCUCGUGGAGCGACCGUCACCAAAGGCGCAAGCCCCUCAUACUCAUGCCGGUAAUAGGCGAACUGUGCAGCAAUAUUGGCAUUUUAUUUUCCGUCUAUUACUUCUACCAGCUACCAAUGGAAGUUGCAGGUAUAGCCGAAUCAGUUCCAGCGUCCCUGGGCGGUGGCUGGAUGAUCAUGUUUAUGGCCGUGUUCAGUUAUAUGGGUGACGUGACAUCGGAAAAAAUGAGAACUGUUCAAAUUGGAAUCCUCCAUUCUUUAACCACUCUAAGUAUAGCCGUCGGUUCGUACCUGCCUGGAGCUACAUUCCAAACAUUUGGAUUUUUUUCCAUUUAUAGCACAUGCGGUGUGUUAUUGGCGUUAAGUUUGUUGUACGGCUUGAUAUUUAUCAAAGAUAAAGCACCAAAAUCGAAGUUUAUCGAAGGAAAAACCACCGUUUUGAGUCAAGUUGCAGAUUUUUUCGAUACUAAACAUAUAGUUGGAGCGUUUGAAACAACAUUUAAAAGCGGGAAAGACAACAAGAGAUUUAAAAUCAUUGCACUUAUGGGUGUUAUUUUUACAGUUGUAGGACCAACCCAAGGUGAACGUUCCGUAUUGUAUUUAUUUACAAGAGUACGUUUCGGAUGGACCGAGUCUCAGUACAGUGUCUUUUCUUCAUAUUCUAUUAUUAUGAAUGCGUUGGGAACACUGUUGGCCAUAGGACUAUUGGGUCACAAAUUUGGUAUCAGCGAUCCAAUGUUGGGAUUAAUAUCUUGCGCUGGAAAAAUCCUUGCUAGAUUAAUCUAUAUGUUUACAACCAGUGAUGCAAUUUUCUACUUGGGACCGGUUGUGGACAUGAUGAACACAAUGUGCUUUAUAGUGAUGAGAUCUUUGAUUACCAAACUAGUGGCUUCGGACGAAUUAGGCCAAGUAUCAUCUUUUUUCGGCAUUUGUGAGACAGUUACGCCGUUAAUAUACGGACCGUUAUAUAGUGAGGUUUACAAAGCCACCGUGAGUACAAUGCCCGGAGCUAUAUUCGCCAUAGGAGCGGUUUUAGCCGUGUUCGGCAUGGCAUUCUAUCUGUAUUUACAUUUUGAAUGUAAGCAUAUCGCCAAAGUGAACACUAACACAGAAGAUAAGACUGAUGAACGUACACAGAUGCUUAACCCUAACCAAACCGAAGUCGUCGAUUAUGGAAGUAAUAACAUCUAAAAUACAGUUUUACCCAAUUCCUAUUCAGUAAGUUAAUUAACUUAAAAAACUGGAUUAUAUUUGGAAUUUGUUAUUUUAUGAUGAAAUUCUGUUUCUUUUUUGGCUUCGAUGUUUUUCCUUAUUUUGUUGGAAAUUGUGUGUAUAAUGUAAUUGUUAUAGUUUUACAAUUAAAUUAUUUAUUUAUUUUUGAUUUCGUACCUAUUAUUCUAUAUUCAAUAUAUAUAGUGUUUAAAGUGUUUUUUGUGGUUGAAAAAUUAAGAAAAUCCGCUGCGUUGAAAUUGUU